UAAAAUCCCAAUUUCCACUCUAAAAUUUGCAUACUUCUCUCGUAAACAUGGCGGAUUACGAAGGAAUCCUUUUGGGUAUGGGAAACCCCCUUCUUGACAUUUCAGCCGUAGUCGAUCAAGAUUUUCUCAAAAAAUACGAUAUCAAGCCGAACAAUGCCAUCCUUGCUGAAGAUAAGCAUUUGCCCAUGUAUGAUGAAAUGUCGUCCAAAUACAAUGUAGAGUACAUUGCUGGAGGUGCUACUCAGAAUUCAAUCCGAGUUGCGCAGUGGUUACUUCAAAUACCGGGUGCAACAAGUUUUAUGGGUUGUAUUGGGAAGGACAAGUACGGUGAGGAGAUGAAAAAGAACUCGAAAAGUGCUGGUGUUAAUGUGCACUAUUAUGAGGAUGAAACCGCACCAACUGGUACAUGUGCUGUCUGUGUUGUUGGCGGUGAGAGGUCACUUAUUGCCAACCUGUCUGCUGCCAACUGCUACAAGACUGAUCACUUAAAACGUCCAGAGAAUUGGGCACUCGUUGAAAAGGCUAAGUACAUCUAUAUUGCUGGCUUUUUCCUUACGGUGUCUCCUGAAUCAAUUCUGCUUGUAGCUGAGCACACAGCUGCAACCAACAAGGUUUUCGCAAUGAACCUAUCUGCACCGUUCAUCUGUGAAUUUUUUAAGGAUGCUCAAGACAAAGCCUUACCGUAUGUGGAUUAUGUUUUUGGAAAUGAAACCGAAGCAAGAACGUUCUCAAAGGUUCAUGGUUGGGAGACUGAUAACGUGGAGGAGAUCGCGAUCAAGAUCUCUCAAUUGCCAAAAGCAUCCAAUACCCGCAAGAGGAUUACCGUAAUCACUCAGGGUGCUGACCCUGUUGUAGUGGCUCAGGAUGGAAAAGUUACAACAUAUCCAGUCGUCUUCUUGCCAAAGGAGAAACUUGUUGAUACCAAUGGAGCAGGCGAUGCGUUUGUUGGUGGAUUUUUGUCUCAACUGGUUCUUGAAAAGCCGAUUGCUGAAUGUGUGAGAGCCGGGUGCUAUGCUUCCAAUGUGAUUAUCCAAAGAUCAGGGUGCACCUACCCAGAGAAGCCUGAUUUUAAAUAAAUGUGGUGAUGUCAAAGUUUUGGAUAAUAUUUUCUGGUUGAUCAUGGUGGAGCUAGUUUCUCUUGUGCUGGUUCUAUAGUAGAGUGCUAUCACUGUUAGCCUCCUACACCAAAUUAGCUGGUGAAAUUGCGUUUUAGCAUACAUGUCUACUUUUGCUUCGGUUAGAUUUCAAAUUUCUGUAUGUUUUGAGGUCUGAGCUACGUCGCGUUUGCCUCACAACAUUCGUUUUACAGUAGUUAAUAAAUUUUGUUGCAACUUAUGUUUUC